CACAGUAGGUGCCAUCAUACUGAAGCAGGUGUCCAACAUGGCGAACGCAGGCUGCAGCUCUCUGGCGACUAUUCUCUUUUUAUUCGUCUUUCCGGCGGCUCUUCGACAAGGAGCUGCACAGAUUCCAGUGGUGAGCCAGAACCUGGUGACGGACAACGUGUCGGUGGUGGAGGGCGAGAUGGCCAUCAUCAGCUGCCGGGUGAAGGACAACGACGACUCGGUCAUCCAGCUGCUCAACCCCAACAGACAGACCAUCUACUUCAGAGACAUGAGGCCUCUAAAAGACGCCCGCUUCCAGCUGGUCAACUUCUCCGACAACGAGCUGCGGGUGUCCCUGUCCAACGUGUCGCUGUCGGACGAGGGCCGCUACGUGUGUCAGCUGUACACUGACCCCCCACAGGAGGCCUACGCUGACAUCACCGUGCUGGUUCCUCCAGGCAACCCCAUCAUCGAUGCCCGCGAUGAGAUUCUGAGCGAGGGCAACGAGACGGAGAUGACCUGCAGCGCCAUGAGCAGUAAGCCUGCCGCAACCAUCAGAUGGAUGAAGGGCGAUAAGGAGCUGCCAGGAAAGCCUAAGGUGGAGCUCACGUACGACAGGAUGUACACGGUGACCAGCCGGCUCACGUUCACCGUCAACAAGGAGGACGACGGCGUACCCGUGGUUUGCAUCGUGGACCACCCUGCGGUCAAGGACUUCCAAGCACAGAAGUACCUGGAAGUGCAGUACAAACCCGAGGUUAAGAUCAUGGUGGAGUUUCCUCAGGGUCUGACGAGGGAAGGAGAGAACCUGGAACUAUCGUGUCAAGCCAAAGGCAAACCUCAGCCACAGAGAGUCAAGUGGGUGAAAGUGGACGACGACGUGCCGUCCCACGCCGUCAUCACCGGCGCCGACCUUUACAUCGAGAACCUCAACAAGUCCUACAACGGAACCUACCGCUGCGUGGCGGCCAACUCGCUGGGGGAGUCUUUCGACGAGUACAUCCUCUACGUCUACGAUGCUCCCACCACUACCCCUACACCCACCACAGCCACCACCACCUCCAUCACCACCUCCUCCUCCUCCUCCCACCACCCUGCAGCCAGCCAAGAUUCUCGAGCCGGAGAAGGAGCCCCCAGAACGGUGGACCACGCAGUGAUCGGAGGAGUCGUAGCCGUGGUGGUCUUCGCCAUGCUGUGUCUACUCAUUGUCUUGGGACGCUACUUUGCAAGGCACAAAGGUACCUACUUCACGCACGAAGCCAAAGGGGCGGACGACGCCGCCGACGCCGACACGGCCAUCAUCAACGCCGAGGGGGGCCACACCAACUCUGACGAGAAGAAGGAGUACUACAUCUAAUCAAAGCAGGACCCCCCCGCCCCCCCCCCCGCAUCUUUUAGUGUCCACUUUAU